AUAAUAACACUCUCUUCUCUAUUAAAAUUUUAAUAAUUCAGCUCUUUAACAUUGAAACAACUAUCAAGAAUUGGAUUUCUCUAUUGAUUUCGGUCCAAAUCUCUCUUUCUCUCUGCCAUUUUUUCUCCAUUGCCAAAAUCAGUUUCUCCUCCUUUUCUACCUCACUCUACCCCCACCCCCACAACAACAAACCCCACAAGGCCACAACUUCUACUGCUAUACUGUUGUUGUUGAAAAAGAAAAAUCAAUUUCAAGAACCGAGACUAUGAUUUUGGUUCUGAGGAGCAUACAUUGAUUGAUAUGUAUAAAAAUCUUGGUAAUCAUAGACUCAUAUAUCGAACUCGCAUAUCAAAUUAUGUGAAAACAGGUUUAGUAAACGAAGCAGUCCAAGUGUUCGACAAAAUGACUCAGUCAGAUUGUAGAGUUUUCAGUAUUGAUUACAAUAGAAUUAUUGGUGUUUUGAUUCGCACUUCGCAUUUUGAUUUAGCGGAAGGAUACUAUAAUGAGAUGAACCCAGUUGGGUUUUCUUUGAAUUCAUUGACAUAUUCAAAAUUCAUUUGUGGGUUGUGUAAAGUUAAGAAUUUUGAUCUUAUUAAUAGGCUACUAAAUGAUAUGGAUAGGGUUGGGAUUGUACCCAACUUUUGGGCUUAUAAUAAGUACUUAAAUCUUUUGUGUAGUGAAAAUUUGGUGGAUAUUGCUUUGGAGUUGAUUAGAGUAAUGGGAGAGAAAGGGAGAGAGCCUGAUGUAGUGAGUUAUACUAUUGUUAUUAGUGGGUUGUGUAGGAUUGGACGGUUCGAUAAUGCUGUUGAAAUGUGGCAUACGAUGAUUAGGACAGGUUUAAGACCAGACACUAAGGCUUGUAAAGCUCUUGUUUUUGGGCUGUGUGGGAGUGGUAAGGUUGAUUUGGCUUAUGAGUUGACAUUGGGUAUUCUAAGGGGUCAAGUCAAAUUCAACACAGAAAUAUACAAUACACUGAUAAAUGGGUUUUGUCGAGCUGGUAGGAUUGACAAAGCACAAGCAAUUAAGACAUUCAUGAGGAGAAAUGGGUGUGAACCAGAUUUGGUUACUUAUAAUGUGUUCUUGAAUUAUUGUUGUAACGAGCUUAUGUUGGAAGAGGCGGAGAAGUUGAUACAGAAGAUGGAAAGAAAUGGGUUGGAACCUGAUGGUUACAGCUAUAACCAGCUUCUCAGAGGUUUCUGCAAAGCGAAUAGAUUAGACAAGGCUUAUAAGCUAAUGAUCGACAAGAUGGGGAGCAAAGGCUUGGUAGAUGUUGUAUCUUACAAUACUAUUAUUAGAGCACUCUGCAAGAAAGACCACAGUAAGAAGGCAUACAAUCUCUUUGAGGAGAUGCAGCAAAAAGGAAUUGUCCCUGACGUUGUAACUUUUACAAUUCUUAUUGAAGCUUCUCUAAAAGAAGGCAAAUCUAGUGUAGCCAAGACACUUUUUGAUCAGAUGUUCGGCGUGGGCCUUUUUCCUGAUCGCGUACUGUACACUUCUAUUAUAGAUAACCUGUGCAAGACAGGGGAAAUAGGGAUGGCUCAGAGCGUUUUCCAUGAAAUGGUGGAACAGGGUGUUGCUCCUGAUGUCAUCUCAUAUAAUGCACUAAUCAGCGGAUUUUGCAAGGUUUCUAGAGUAACUGAGGCAUUGAGUCUUUAUGAAGAUAUGCAGGCUAGAGGUUUGAAUCCUGAUGAAAUCACCUUCAAAUUGAUUAUUGGAGGUCUUAUACAGGAGAAGAACCUCUCAGUGGCUUGUGCAAUUUGGGAUCACAUGAUGGAGAAGGGUUUUACUCUUGACAGAGAUUUAUCUCAGACUCUUAUUAAUGCAAUCAACUCAUAGGUUGCACAUUAUCCGGAAUGGCUGACUUGCUUUGAAUCCUUCUCAUGGGCAAAUUCUUCUAUGGGAUUUGCAGCUUUCGGAACUCAUUAUUUUAGACCUGUUAUGUUCAAGGAAAUGCCAAAGUCACCAAGAUUUCAAGUUGCUUAACCCGAGAUGAACUUUCAUCUGGCUGCUCUGGACUGAAAGUACCAGAGUGAAUGAAAACAAGAAGAGGUCUUUUCAUGAAAUGUUUGAGUUGAUAUUUAGAAAACAAGCACUAUCAAGCGGAAGUGCCUUAACAACCUAAGAAUUGGAUAAACAUUACCCAAGGCAAAGAAGGAACCUAUAAACUCUAUGAUAUGACUUGCAGCUUUUUCUGAAUUUGCUUAUGCGUGAGACGAUUUGAGCAAUUUCGACAUAAGUUGAUGAAACUAUUUUUAGGAGGAAGAAGGGAAAUAAUAUAGUUGCCAAAAGACAGCUGUGUAAUUUGAAGGAAUAACUUUUUUGUGGAUAUGCUAGAGUGCGUGAUCUCACUACUCUCAAACUGGAUAUUUUCAACCACCGAGGGGAGCCCGUGAAAGCAUUU